AUGCGGACACAGGCAGCGGCAGCGGGCUCCGGCGCGAGGCGUACCGCGACGCACGGUGCCUACGUUCUGGAAGGCUACGAAUCUCUCGACGUGAUUGGUAGCGGCACGUUUGGGCUGAUUCGCAAAGUGCGUAGAAAGUCGGACGGCAUGCUUUUUGCGCGGAAGGAGCUCAACUUUGAGCGUAUGAACGAGCGCGACCGCAAACACAUUGUAUCGGAAGUGAAUAUUCUGCGCACCUUGCAGCAUCCCAACGUGGUUCGAUACGAGGAGCGCUACGUAGAUACUGAAACUGGCAUUCUCUACAUUGUCAUGGAGCUGUGCGAAGGCGGAGAUCUGGGAAUGAUAAUCAAGCGCAACCGCCGUGCGCGUACACAUGUGCCUGAAGACACAGUGUGGUCCUAUUUUGCGCAAAUGGUGGCGGCGCUGGAAGCAUGCCACUAUCGCUCCACGCCAUCUGCGCCUACGUCUCGGCUGUAUGCGCAUGCGAUUCUGCACCGCGACUUGAAACCUGAGAAUGUGUUUUUGGACACAAACGAGAAUGUUAAACUCGGCGAUUUCGGACUCAGCAAGCAGAUUGCGGCACAAGCGUUUGCCAACACGUAUGUCGGCACGCCGUACUACAUGAGCCCAGAGCUGGCCACGGGCCAGCAGUACGAUAUCAAGUCUGAUAUAUGGGCACUUGGAUGCAUUGUGUACGAGCUCUGUGCACUCUCGCCGCCUUUCGAUGCAUCCAACCAUAUGGAGCUGACGCGCAAAAUCAAGCAGGGCACGGUGCCAGCACUCCCGCGGAUGUACUCGCGCGAGCUCCAAGAUACCGUGAAUGCAAUGCUACAGCUUGACCACCACCGCCGGCCGACCACACGCCAGCUGCUGCAAGUGAAGCAGGUCAAGUUGGCCUACCUAACGCACGAACUUGCCAAUCUCCACCGCACCGUGCAGCUGGAUAAAGAGCAUGUACAGGCGCAGACUGAAGCGCUUGAUGCGCGCGAAGCCAGUGUGCAAGCGCGUGAGAAAGAGAUCGAGCAGCAGUCGAUUACACUUGCCCACAACAUGCACGCGUCACAGACCGCUGCCCUCGAAGAGCGUGAGGCUGCCGUGCAAAAGAGUCAGGAAGCCGUUGCAGCGUACGAGCGAGAGCUGCUCAAUAACUACAAUGCCUGGUACCACGGUGAACGAGUCGCACUGCAAAAGGCCGCUGCAGAAAAGGAUACACUGAUUUCACAGCUCACUGCACAGCUGGCAUCGAUGCAGACAGUGGAAGUGGAGCCAUCGCGCCGAGUCAGUGACCCAGUAAUGCCGGGAUCGUUGCCACGUAUGCAUAUGCCGUCACACCGCAUCUCUAGCCAGAAGCGACAGGACGAGGUAGACGAUGACUUGCAUGCACGUAUCGCGGGCGGUGCUCUAAGUCUUCUCAGCCCCCAGAGCCACGAACCAAAGCAGGCGGACGGAUGGGAGGAUACAGAGGAACAGGUGCCAUUGAACCCUGCCUUGGUACGCGUUCGCCGCUUGGCACAAGUGGAUAUUAAGUCGGAUUUGUCCGACUGCUCCAUGAAGGAUGCUUCGACCAUGUUUCGCGUCGCUCCCAACGAUGACGAGGGGCAUGCCCAGUCGAUGCCGACUUCCGUGCUUGCAAACUUAUCGACGCCCAUGCGCCCAAAGCCGAUGCCUUUUAUGGACAAGGAAGCGUCACCCAACGCACGGACAUUGCCAAGCAAUCUGAACGUCUCACCACCCGAUCCACAAUGGCGCUUGUUGGAUGAAUCGCUGCAGCCGUCUCCAUUCCUUAAACGUGUCCAGCGUCUGCCGAUGGCCUAUCCAAAAAAGAGCGCUGGGGACAUGCCCAAGACGGGCCCCAACCAUGCGCGCUUUACAAUUGGGCAGCAGGAGAAUGCCGGGCCUGUGCGGCAGCGCGCGUCCUUUGUCGAUCGCCGCCGCCGGUCUUCGCUCUUACGGCCUGCAGACGCAAUGCCAGCGAUAACAAAGGAGUCUAGCAGAAUGCCUCGUACGUUGAGCGCAUUGCCACCCAGCCCUCGGAGACGUCCCACGGCGUCCAAACCAAUCUACCCAGCCCUGCCUUCGCCACGCGCUCGUCGCGUGCAGCGUGGCAGGUAG